GUUAAAAUCGCUGGAGCGUGAGCUCGCUUCACGAUUCACACAGCAAAACACGCAUGGUGCUAGAUAAACACCAUUUUAUUUUACGGCGGUACCUUUGAGAAAUCGAUUAACUAAAAGCAAGCGAUUGAGGCACUGUCAGAACGGUAUCAACACGAGCUAAACGCGGUAAUUUCGCUCAAUUGGUCGGGGAAAAGUAUAAAGGCAAGACAAACAAAUUAGUUAUGCAACACCAACGCGUUAAAUGUAUUUAAUCGUAUGCGUGAUUUUUUAAUUGCACCGGAUUAGGGGCUAUAAAAAGCGCUCCAUAUAAGUUGAAAGUUAGUUAACUGAACGCGAGCGAGUUGAGCAGUUGAACUAGUUGAACUCGAGGACGUUAAAGUGUGUCAACCGAAGUUGAGCAGUAUAAUACAGAAGCGAAGAUUUAAGAUUUCACGACAUACAAUGUUGAUAAAAAUAAUUCAGUUAUUUUUAUUGGUCAUCACCUGCUGGUAAGUUCGCCUUUGUAUCCGAGUAUUUGUAUCUUUAGAAGUCUUUGUGUAAUAUGGUGAAGAUUUUCACAGUUUUUGUACUUUGAAAAGCGCCAAAGUUGUACAUAUGUGUAAAUCAAUACUUGAAUUUUAAAUGGCAGCGCUGGUAGCACUUAUAAGGGUUUAAGCGUGUUCUCGUUUGGCUUUGAAUUAACACUCAAUUAAUAUAAGGCCGUUAAGGUCACUUCCCAUUUUUGGUAGCAUCGGAUCAGACACACUGAGGGUCCGAACAUUAAGAGUAGAAAGGCACCUUUCAUCUUCUUUAAAUAUAGAAUGAUGUCACUCCUUGCUUUCAUCCUAGCUGAAGCUACCUCAAAUGACGAGUACUGUAGCUUUCGAAGUGGUUGAUUAAACGCGUUCACUGAUUCAGCGAUAUACUGAAUAUACCUGCUGAAGAAAGGGUGUAAUAGCAGGCUGUCAUAUACUUGCCACCCAAAUAGUUUUAUUUCUCUAAUUGGGACCAUUCUAAAAGAGCAGACCCUUUUAAUAUAUAAACGAGAAAAUAAACCUAAUUGUUGCCAUAUUCAUCUCAGCAAUAUCAUAAAAAACGCGGUUUAGCUGAUGGCCUUUUGAUUUUUUAAACCCGUGCAUCGGCGGAUCACGCCGUUGAACUUUACAGAAUAAUGUAAUGAGCACUGUGGUUUGUAUUGUAAGGAUUAAAUCCAACUUCACAUAUACUUAAACUUACAUCAUGUCAAUUUUUACGGUCAUCGACGCUUAAUUAUUAUGACUAUUAGAGCAACUUUGCUGAAGGCUAACUUUUAAAAUAUAUCAUUUAAGAUCAAUUUAACACACAUGUGUAAAUUAGGGGGAAAAUUAGGCUAAUCGUUUUAACGCAUUUUCACUCAUGCCGUUCUAGUGAGUAGUGUUUUUCGAAUGCAAUACUAGCCUAACCGAAUAAUAGAUUAGUGGAUUUAUACAAAGUUAAAAGAAUAUUAAUAUAUAUGUAUAUGCAUGUACAAAAUUGGGAGGGCAAAUUAUUAAGCAUUUAUCACUUGUUAAACGUCUAUCUUACAUGAAUCGAUAGUUUCAUAUAUUGUAACAAAUUACAAAAGGAGUCAAUUUCAGUCCUAAUAACAUCAGCCGAUGGCCUGUGAAAAAUAUUAAGUGUGCUAUUAGCUAGAAGCUUAUCAAGUAAACAGCGUGUUUUACAUGAAUAAAACAAGGUCAAUGAGACAUCCGUUGCUUUGUGUUGAAUGCGAUAAAAGGAUAAGAUGAUUCAAUGUGGUGUUGAUUGUAUCAGUAGUUUGCAUUAUUUUAUGGCAGCGGUCAAAUAUCGCUAAAUAUAAGUAAUUGUCUCGUGUGACGUCAGCAUCGCCCCAAUUUAAUUCCUUGUGGCGUGCGUGUGAAGUCCCGAGUAUUCGAAUGUGAAAAACAUGUUGAAUUUGCAAAAAAGUCGGUUUAGUUCCUAUUCAAUUGUGACGGUUGCGAUAUCAUUGUGUCAUUGUCAUGCACACCAAGCCUCCCGAUUUGAAGCCGUACCUCCCGAUUUGUCAGAAACUAGAUUCCUCUUAUCAUUAAUAAGAAAAUCAGUUUAAAAUUAAGACCUGAAUGAAUGAAUGAAUGAAUGAAUGAAUGAAUGAAUGAAUGAAGGCAUUCACAAAAUAGGCGUAACAAUUAUACCCUCUUACUGUAAAACAAAAAUUAAAUUAACAAGAUCAUUUGGAUGCUUGUGUGAUGUUACUCUGAGUGUAUAUCCACACCGGGCAGGCUUGAAAAAUAUGCCUGGCCACGGUGGGAAUCGAACCUACGACCUUUGGAAUACUAGCCCAACGCUCUGCCAACUGAGCUACGCGGUGUGGAUAUACACUCAGAGUAACUAACAUCACACAAGCAUCUUAUUCACCUGAGUAUAUUACACCAACACAGCAAAGAUCAUUUGGAAUCAAGUUGUGAUAAAAUCUAACAAUAUAAGUCAAAACAUAUAGUAAUCGCCAUACCGUUCUAGCGGCAGAAUACAGAAGAAGAACAAGAUAACAGAGCCACGAAACAAUAAUAUGCAUGAAAAAUAACUCGUUUCGGAUUGGCAUAGAGCCAAGAGGGGGGCAAUUAUGAUCAAAAUACAGUACUGCAAGGAAAAAAUUUGAUUUGAGUUUUGACUUCUGACAAUUUGUGUUGGAUUGCUGUGCUAUAUAAUUCCUAAAUUGCGCUCGAAAUAAUAAUUAUAAAUAAAUUUAUUUAAUCUCAGUUAUAGCCUAAUUAUAGCACACAAAGUCAAAGUGCUAGUUUGACUGAGCAGUUAACUAAACCAUACUAUUACCCAUAAAGAAAUAAAUAAAAUCUUGCACCUACUCCUCGAAACGUUUCCUGGAACCAACCAAUAAGUUGCAUAUUCUGAUAUUCUCUGAUGUAAUUUUUAGUGUCCAAGAAAAUGUGGCAAAAACUAUUAGUUCAACCGAUAGUCCUAAAAUUGAGAGCACGCAAGUGUCGACUGGCAAGGAACACAGGAAGGUAAAUAUAUGAAAGAAUGCUUCAUUUCUAAGCAAAGCAAUUUAAACACUUCACUGAAAGUUUUCUAGUGGAAAUCUAUAGCUCUGAAAGGUUGUUUUAGUCUAAUUACUAAAGAGUCAUGCAAUAUGUGAUCGGUUUGUACUCAAUUAGCAAUACAAGCGCGAAGAGUAUAAUGGGAAUGAGAUAUUUUAUAGGGUGAAUGUAUUGUAGAUCACCUUGUGCAUGAGGCCAACAAGUGGUGAACAUUUAUCAUUAUUUGCAUAUUUACAUGUGAUACACCUCCAUGUGCUCAUGACACCAUUGACACGAAUUUCACCUAAUCUUUUCUUGAUUGCAUUGCAAAGGUGACUGAAAAUAACUAUGUAACCUCUUUGGUAGAAUACUUGUAUCUCUCUUCCUUCCAGAGAUAUUCAACUUUGUUUGAUAUGCAAAUAUCAUCAGUAUGAUAUCACACUGCAUAAUGAGUCUCUAUGACAAAGUGUUUAUCUUGUGGGGUAACGAUAAAGAAAAUUUCAAAUUGUGCUUAUAUGUGCAUCAAGUUUAAUCAUCAGGCCUCUGUAUCUGUAUGUGGAAUAUUUUAACUAAUUUCAAAAUUAAUGCUGCUCUUAAAAAAUCUCAUUAAAAAUUAUGCAGUGUGAUGUCAUGCUGAUGAUAUUUGCAUACCAAACAAAGUUGAAUGUCUUGGGCAGGAAGAGUAUUACAAGUUUUCUACCAAAGAGGUUAUAUAGUCUUUUUAAGAGAUCUUUGCAAUGCAGUCAAGAACAAAUUGGGUGAAAUUUCAUGUCAUAAGCAGUUUAAACCCACUUCUUGAUAUAGAAAAAAGUAUCCUAGAAGGAGCGCAGCACAAAUGGGACAGAUUUGUUGCAUACAAACAUCGAUUAUUUGAUUUCUUUAUCUUUAAUUCUGUACAUUUCUGUACGUGUAGUCACCGAUAAAUUAAAUGCAAACACAGAAAAUUAUGCAUGUGUACCUCUAGUAAUUGCCAAAACAAAAAAGGAGCUAUCGUCAUACUACUACCCCUCUUGCCGUUCGCGCUUGGAUAGUUCUAAUUAACAUAAUCAACGAUGAAGGCUUCAAAGAACUUAAACUGACUGCUGAUCAACAGCCUUAAUGGCUCUUCCAUCCGAGAACUAUACCAUCCCACUGGCAAGUAGAAUCAACUAGCAGUAGGCAGAGUCAAUUAAGUUCCAUUAAUUAAUGAACCUUUAAUUGCAUGGUAAUUGGAGAGAUGUGUUAUUCAUAUAAAUUGGAUGCGCAUGCCUGCCCUCUAAAUUCGAUCCAUGACAAGAAUUUUCUAACCGAAUCAGGAGUUUCCGGACGGAAAAAUAGAAAAUAGUCUCCAAGUGAAUUAUAUAGAAAACGGUGAAUUUGGUCGCUUUAUUGCACACAAUUAUUCGGAAAAACACUCGAAUAUUUCAUUUACAUUAUGAAAUAUACACAAGACAAAAAUAGUGUGUUCUGCUAGAUACAAAUUUCUCAUAGCAAAUCAUCACUGCACAUUUUUACUGUAAAUCACUGAACAUUUUUACUUUUUCACUGCACAAAUUGGCAUUACACACUAAAACUACUAAAAUUAGGUAUGUUUGUCAAACACCACAUGUUUUCAUUGGGUUUCCUCCUGUAGUAACACUGCACCAAUAGGUGAUGUGCAACCAAUCCCAUGGGAUUCAAAGGACAAAGAGAUUUUCGCCAUGUUGGAUGAUACUUAUUUGCAUUGCAAACAAGCAAAAUCCUUUGUCAAUGUCAUCCAACAUGGCGACGGUGACGUAACUUGCUGCGUGUCUUCCAAGACAAGUGCUAAGUCGUCGCGAAAAUAUCUCGUGCACUUAAAUUGGAUAAGACUUCAUGCCAAUCCUCGUUGACUCGAUAAGCUCAAUGAGUAGAGUGUUGGUCUAGAAACCCGAAGAUACGAGCGAGAAAAUGAAUUUUUUGUUGUUCUCUGUGUAGUGCCAGAAUAAUGUGAAAGGGCUAUAGUUUUUCAUAUCUCUGAGGAGGUUCUGAACUAUAGUCAUAUAAACCAAUAAAGCUAUUAAUUGUUAAAACAUUCAGUAGAGUAAUGGAGUACUAUUAACGAUGUCCUAGUGUUAGCGGAUUAGCAGCGGAACGAGCGACGGAACAAAUCAAUUAAGUUUAUGAAUACCAAACGUUUGUUAUGAAAACAAACAUAUUAAUGGCUGGCCGCACACAAAUCACUGAUUGCAGUAUUUUUUUAUAACAGGGAUUAAGCAAACACAACUCGUAAAUUAUACAGUAAACGCACGCAAGCGCUAUGACAGAUCGUGUAUUGAUCUGUAUUGUAUAUAAAAACGAAAUUCUCAAUCCGAAGAUAUGAAAUGGUUGAAUAAGCUUCUGUAGUUGUCAAAUAUAGUUAGUAUAAUUACCAUCGAAGUAUCGAAUUAUACAGUGCUAUAAGAUGUCAAAUCUGACGCUUAGGCGUAAACAGAAAAUUAAACUAAAGAUAAUCUCAGCAAUGUUUGGCGGUUGCAUUGUUAGAAUACAGUUGUGCGCAUGCGUCAAUAGACACUGUGCCAAUACUGAGCCCGGAUCAAAUGAGAAUGGGAGUGCAUGAGAGUAAGCAAUCACGCGACAUUGGUUAGCUGUGCUCAAUGCUUUUCCAUCACUAUGAUGUAUUCUAUUUAAGUUAAGACAUAGUUGGAAACUUUAUUUUGUUAAUCUAGAGCUUGAAACGUCCCCUGUAACAAUUUGUGACGGCCGACUCUUGUUUUCUUUCGUGCCAAGAUACUCUGGUGUUAUUUUACUGUGAGAUAAAUGAAAGAUAAAUAAACCCUAAUGUUUUAUUUGUAACCUAUUCCGACAUUACAGCUUUUGCCGGCAUGCAUUCAAUGAUGGGGGUAUAAAGAUAAUCAGUAAUUGUCGCACCAUUCAACUGAACCGUCAUAUCAUUUUUAGAAUCUUCCGACAAUUUCUCGAAAUUUAUUGGUGCCUGUCAGGCGGCAGCACUGAUCCGGAAAAGUAGCACUGGAUAGAGUAUCCUUUUGAGUUUAAUCAGUCAUGCAAUUUGAUUAAGCCAGAAUAUUUUUCGGAGAUGAGAUUUUAAAGUCUUCCAAAAUCUUUGCAAAUCGGAUCACGACGUGUUCAAAUUAACUACAUUAUCAAGCAAAUGUCUUGUCCCAUGUAACUUAAAAGAUAUAGCUUCCCACAUCUCUUCCAAUAAGUUUUAGAACGUUUGAAACAGGCUAGAUAAUGAAACUAGUCUCGUGGCAGCCAUCUUGGUGUGAUCUCGUUAGCUUUUCUCGUUAGCUUUUCACCGGCAAAUUUAAGGGGGGUGAAAUAAGUCACUGUUGAUAAAUGUCUAUUCAGACAAUGUUUGUCCUUUCCCACCGAUAGCUAGAAACUGUAUGAACCUCUUCCACUAUGUCACCAACACCACGGCCAUUGACUUCAUGUAUGCACAGCGGGUGCACUAGUAGAUUUGCUCCAAGUCUUUCUUUCAUUGUCAUAUAGUAUCGAUCCACUAUAGUGUAAAUUACAUGACGUAGCACACAGAGGCGGAGCGAGAAAGAGAGACUUGUCAACUUCGGAAAAUCUCGGUUCAAAACUGAACCGAAAAUGCAAGACUUGCUUUAAUUGUUUUCUGUCAGUGUUUAUAUGUGUUGAUCUAGCACAGUGUAAAUAACACGAGUUCCAUUAUAGUAAAUAAUACAGAAAGAAAUUGAAGUUUUGAACCGAGAUUUUCCGAAGUUGACAAAUCUCUCUUUCUCGCUCCGCCCCUCCGUCAUAGAAUAAAGAUCCAUAUAGAAGGGCCACUCAGGGGUGCAACGUGUCCUCGUUUUUUUAUGCAAAAAUAUGCAGUUUACUGGCCAGAAGGCGGAGCAGCCAGCCAGUACAGCGUGUUUAUUGGCCAGAAAAUGUCAUUGACUGGCUAGGAAAAUGGCGGCCAACAUGCGUAAUGCGACAUGCGCGAGGACAGAAACUUCAAAGCUUCUGACGUAAGUGGCCCUUCUAUAUGGAUCUUUAUUCUAUGCCUCCGUGCUACGUCAUGUAAUGUACACUAUAGUGGAUCGAUACUAUAUGACAAUGAAGAGAGACUUGGAGCAAGUCUAGUGCACUAGUGAUCCAGUGCUAUGUAGUUUUCCGAGAUCAGUGGCCGGCAGAAGCUGCUCCAGGGACUCCACCUCACACUGCAACUUUUAGAACUGAGAAAUGUUAAAGUUACAGUAGCUUUCUGUUGGUAGAAAUAACAUUUCUUUGUAUUAUUUUUAUGAUCUACGUCCCUCUAAGAUUUUGAGACUCAGUCUGGUACGGUAAUUGAUAUUUAAUUUUAAUUAAUAAAGGAUUAAAGGCGUGUAUGGGUGGAUAUUUUACGAGUUACGUGCAGCAGCAAAAGAAUUUGGGCAAAAAAUCAUGUUUGUUCUUUUGGGGAAGUAAACAAGGCUGUAAAACAUUCAAUGACGUUGUCAUCUUUCCUGUACCAACAAUGGGUGUGUUUGUGUUUGUUUUUGCCAAACAAGAAAAGAAUACAAAAUUUCCUCUUUGUAUUUGAAGCAAUUUCCUUCACACCCGCGAGCUAUAUGCAAUUGAAGCUUGUGCCGACAGGGAAGCGGUAUGAACACAGAGACACUCAGACACAAUGUGAAUCCUUGCGUCAGCACACUUUCGCAAAAUAUGCUUUAUACAACAGCUAUUCUCAAAUAGACCUAUACUUACUUUCCGCCUUACAAAUUUCUGGUAGGAUGGUUUUGCGCCUGGUUUUGUCUCAGUCGUUGACAAGUCUGGAACAAGUUGUUAUCAUCUUGUCACAAGGUUGAAUUAUAAAUUGUUCUAAGAAGUUUGAUGUUGCCCACAUAAUAAGUUGUUUAAUAACAAGCUGACGACAACGACCUCGGAGCAACUUGAUCAAACGAACAGCCUGAAUCAUACAUUUUAGUAUACUUUGAAUUGCUCAGCACAAAUUUAGGAAUAUGUGAAUUAGAAAUGGCAUAAUAUGUAAUUCAAUAUCAUCGACCUACCAGACUUAAUUAAAAAGGGAUCUAGUAAUCGUACGACUGUUUGAUCGGUGACGGGAAGGAAGUUUAGCCUGUUUAGGCCACAUAUAAUAAAUUCCUCGAUUCGUAUCACUACUACAUUUUGAAAAUGUCGAAAAGACGGGAGGUUUAUAUUUUGUAUUCUAUAUAAUUUACAUGUCAAUAAAUAAAGAAUAAUUCAUAUUAUUAUAUAGACUACACAAGGUCUGGAUAUGAGGUAUUCUGCAAUCUGAUUGGUUCUCUACUACCAGGAUUUAGCUCAUAUCCUGCUAGUAUUCUGCAAUCUGAUUGGUUCUCUACUACCAGGAUAUUAGCUCAUAUCCUGCUAGUAGAGAAAAACAAAAUGGCGGCUCAAAUUGAAUUCCGGCGUUUCCGAACAAAAAAUGGCAAGUUGUUCGCUUUUUAUAGCCUUUUACAGAAUUAAAAACACAAUGAAAAACUCCCAGAAAUUGUUUACAGGUUAGCAAAUGAAUUUUUAUAUUUAAAAUAGUUAAAAAUAUAUAUUUUUCAAAAAAUAAUCGGCCGAAAGAGCGAAGAUAAAAACAUAAACAAAAAUAGAAAAAUAUUGAAAAUAUCCGAAAAGCAAAAUCUGUGAAUUCAGACCUUGUAUAUAAUAAAACAGUUAUUCCACUCACUCUCGUCAAAUAUGAGCGAUAGCCGAUUCGGCGCUACGCGCCUCAUCGGCUAUCAGCUCAUAUUCGACUCGAGUUCGUAGAAUAAAUAUUUAAUAUUUCCAUGAUUUCCAAAGUGAAGUUCGACUGCUACGCGCGAUCUAUUCUAAAAUUACACCCGAGUGACAGACGAGUAACAGACGACUACAGACGAGUAAAUUUUCUAAAUACGACUAAUAAACAGCAUUUUGACGGAUUGUUUUUAAAUUAAAAAAAUCACGUGAUUGAAACCCAACAAUUUAAUACUUUGCCCAGCGACGUAAAUUACAAAUAAUUUAAUGAUUAUAGUAGUACAGUUCUACUAAAGACAGAAAUCUCACAUACUGCAGUCGCCAAUCGCCUUUUUAAAAAAUAUUGCAUCAUUAAAAACAAUCCGUCAAAAUGCUGUUUAUUAGUAGUAUUUAGAAAAUUUACUCGUCUGUUAUUCGACUGUUACUCGUCUGUACUCGUCUGUCGCUCGGGUGUAGUUUUAGAAUAGAUCCUUCACGAACAGUGACUGGUUUUACAGUUCAGCCUUUUGAUUGAUGGUUUGUAAGGCGCAUUUCAUCCCUUUUAAUUGACUGAACUAACUAGAAAAAUCAAUUAAGCAUAAUUCAAGAUCAGUAAACUCAAUGUGUUUAACAAUAAAAAUGUUUUGAAAUGUUAAAAACAUUAAGUUUGCUGAUCUUGAAUUAUGCUUAAUUGAUUUUCCUAGUUAGUUUUUUUCAAUUAAAAGAGCUGAAAUGCGCUUUAAAAAUCAUCAUUCAAAAGGCGCCUGUUAAUUUAAAGGCACUGUGCCUUUAAAUUAAAGUGCCUUUAAAUUAAAGUCCCUUUAAAAUUCGAUGAAACUUCUUUCGAAGUUGUUUUGUAGUUUGAAGUUGGCAGUUCAAAACGACACUGACAACCAAAUACAAAAAUUGAAAUAUUAUUUAUAUUGCAUAAAGAAAUAUAAAAAAAUAUUCGCGCGGUUCUUAAACUAGUACAAUCGGGCGCUGGUGAUUCAGAAUCAAGGAAAUUAUUUUAUGUGGCUUAAUAUAGUGGCAAAUUGAUAAAUUCAAUAAUCAAAUUACAAAUGAUAUUCUCAACCUUUCAUAGGAAUUUGGGAAAGUCGUAAUCCACCCCACGGAAUGUACGAGGCGAAAACAAGGCAAGCUCCACUACGAUGUAGAGAAUGGGCGAUUACUCCUGUGCUAUCACAACCAAUGGCGGGAACUUGGCUGGAAAAUCAACUCUCCUAAAAAGGGAAAACUGCCAACAUCGUGCCUCGAUGCAAAAUUCAAAGGGCAGGACAAAGGUGAUGGAUUAUACUGGAUCAACCCCGAAGGAGUGGACGACCUUAAGAAAUCGUUCCUGGCCUAUUGCGAUAUGACCACUGCUGGUGGAGGUUGGACCCUUGUGGCAAAAAUUACACAUGAUUAUGCCUGGAUAUGCCCUGACAGGAAGGGUGAUAACUGCUUAGGUUCAAACGUGGACCCACUUACUGCCAACCUGUUUCAUUCAGUUCACGCUCGAGAUUUUGUUGAUCUUACUGUCACGUCCGAUGAAAAUUCAGGAAUACAUUUGAAGAAUUCCAUCAUCAGAAAGCUAUUCAUGAGUAUGAUUUGUUCAAUAUUAUUAUUCAUCUACUAUUAUUAGUUGGUUUGCUGUUGGGAGUGUAGGUUUUCACUUCAUUUUGUGUUGUGCUGUUGUAUUUUAAUGGGUUCAUUUUAUUUAUACUCAAUAGGAACUCAAUAGGUCUAUCAGUUUCAAACAGUUCUCCUAGACCCAGUAAAGGCCAUCGUAAUUGCCACCGACAUUUGCAAAUUCAAAUUCUUAUUCAAGCGCAAAAAAAUUAUGCGACUUCUAUUUCCAAGGGGACCAUGUAUACAUGAUAUGUUAUCUAACUCCCUCACUGCUUUUCUGUUUAAGGUGGCCGUCAGUCUGUGAGAUUUUCUUACAUCACCUCGUCAGAAGGUUGGACACCAAGUGAAGAUGCUUACGCAGCAUUUGAUUCCGAAAAAGCAAACAAAAUGUUUCUUGGAAGAACUUUAGCUGAUUACUCACGUGACAAUGGAGACUACACAUGGAAUGUGUUACGUCACGAACGAAAACGUUUGACGUUCUCAGGUAAAUAGAUUCGCAAAAUAAUAGGUUUGUCAUUAAUUUCCCAAAUUACAGGUUAUAAUUUUGUUAAUUCAUUGAUCAAACAUCGAUAUGUCAGAGGGUGACACAUUAAAAUAUAAGAUACUAGACUGAUUAGGUUAGCAUGAAAAAAUACCAGAAAUAAACAAGUUUUCAUUUAACCAAACCAAACCAAACCAACCAGGCAUUUAAUCUAAUGGCAUCCCUACUAGCGUAUUAAAAAGGAAAGAACACAAUGUCAGUACUUUAACAGCCAUUGUUCAGCACGUAUACAUACUAUAUAGUUUUGACUAGUUAAUUUAAAUGUACUGUUCUAAUUAUUUUAUCAACUACCAUGACUGAGAAAAAUUCUGUGCUAAAUCAAAGUCUUUUUCAGAAAAAAUAUAAGAUACGUGGUGCUUCCUGUCAUAUUCUAUCUUUUUAACAAUAAAAAUAUUUCGACGAGUAAGGAAGAAACAACAAAAGUAUAUUACUUUCGCUCCUUGUCAGGCGCCAUAUUGAAUUUUGUGGCCAUGUCAGAAAAAGCCUGGUGACUAGGUGCUCUGACGGACCUGAAAUAACCUUCACCAUUGCCCUUGCAGGCAAUCAACUUCCUUGUUUCUAAAAUAGUUGAAAUUGCUCGGCGUUUUUUACACGAGUGGAUAACAGGAAGGAAUAAAAUUUCAAGAGCCACUUCAUAGUAAAAAAGCGCCUAUCUUUGAUAUUAAUAAUAAUAAUAAUGGUCUUUAUUCAUGAAUAAUUAAAUUACACGUUAGCCAAAGCCAGAGGCUUAUAUGGCUAUAUAGAUAGAGAGCCAAAUUUCCUGAUCACAGCACACGAGGGGCCGUGUUAACGUCUCUUUCUUACAGAGAUGGACCCCGCCAUAUCCGGUAGGGGUAGAGGGGGGUUCAUCGAGCUUGAUCACGAUUCAGGAUCAGACCCUUAACAACUUUUUCGUACCUUGUUUGGUUUUCGAAAUAUUUUGACCAAAAACAGUGUGCAGCUCACCAUCUUGGUAUUAUAAUUGACCUAAUUAACUGAGUUUUUGAUGACGUCACAAGCAGGGUAAACUUGUUAAAACUUCUUCAUGUGGGCCUAAAUUUCUUCGAAAAGUUUCUUAAAAUGUUGUGAGUUAAUUGAGUACUAAAAAUCGAGUUUCAUAUUGAUAAUGACAUGUGGUUUGCAAGAUAAAAAUUUCGGUUUUUACCCUAUUUGUGACGUAUGCAUAUCGAAUGCAUAUCCAAGAUGGCGGAAUGCGCGCUGCUUUUGAUCAAAAUAAGUCGAUUUAUUUCGAAAACCAAGCAAGAUACGGAAUAAUUGUAAACAAAGUUUAUACAUCUUUUUAUUGUUCUUUCAAAUAAGACAAACCUAAUUCAUAUUGCCAUAUCCCUUUAAGAAAGCUAACCAUUGUUUCACUCCAGUAAUUUUACUUAUUUUUCCGCGCAGGAUAGCGUAAGAAAAAAACAAGUUAAUUUUAAUAGUACUUCUAUAUUUAUUUUCAAGGUUCAAUAAUAUGUUGGGGUAUGGACGUUGAUUCAGAUUAUCGCUAUUACGACCAAGGACUUCACGUUGGAAUGCCAACAAAGGGAAAUAAGAAAUGCCAUCUCUCAAACGACGAAACACAAGUCAUGCUUAAGAGUCAUUAUGCUCGUCUGGAUAGCACAGGCCGCACAGCCGAAUGGGAUCGGGCCCAGUUCGGUUUCCUUGGUUCAAAAUUCCUACAGGCACCUUGUCAAAGAAUUGCAUUGUGGGUGCGUUAGCUGCUGACCAUACACGAUGGCCAUUUGAUGGAUGGUGUGGGUCUAAGAUCCACGAUGUAAUUUAUUUCGGUUAAGUUAAUAAAGAAGAGCUUUUGUUAUCAUUAAAAGAAAUGCAUGUAUGUUACCUGAAAAUGUGAAUUGGGUGACACGAACGUGCGAACCAGUUAGGUAUAGAAGAGGUUCUCUAGAGAUUAACGGCCAGGGGCGGUUGUUCGAAUGCCGGUUAGCUUAAAAUUAAUAGGCGGCUGGCCAUGACAUCAUUUUGUACAACUUGAUGGCAACUUUAUGUUAGCAGCUGGUAACAGGCAUUUUCUUAUAAUUCAAACCUUGGUGAACAAGACUAUACGUUAGUUACCACUUCUGAUUUUUGCUUUAUAGCCGAAAAUUUGAGAGUUUUUAAAUUUUGCCUAUUAAAUUACUAUGAUGACAAAAAAUGUAAAAUUUCAUGUUCUCUUAUGCGAAAAAUAAACUAUACCACUAGAAAGGUCGCAAAAAGUUAUAUAUAAGACAAUUAAGUGAGUUCUACGUAUUUCGAGUCCUAUUUCGAGUUUUAAUGCUAAAAAAUACGGAAAUGACCAAAUUAAUGCUAAUAUAUUAAUUAAUUAAAAGUGCUUUUGCCAACUUUAACCAUCUUUAAUUCAAAAUCGGCUUGAAAAAUCGCACUAGUCGCUCAAUUGUCUUAUACACACAGUUUUUUGCGAUCUUUCUUGUGGUAUAGUGUAUUUUUCGUUUUAGAGAACAUGAAAUUUUACAUUUUUUGCCAUCAUAGUAAAUUAAUAGGCAAAAUUUUAAAAUUCUCAAAUUUUCGGCUAUAAAGCAAAAUCAGAAGUGGUAACACACACAGUCUUGUUCACCAAGGCUUAAACUAUAAGAAAAUGCCUGUUACCAGUUUCUAACAUAAAGUUGCCAUCAAUUCUCUUUAGAGGCACUUUUUGCCGCCUUGGCCGGCCGACUAUAAAGGGAAAUGGCAAUAUAUUUUUUAUUUUCUAAUUUGAAAGCACUUUUGAAACUAUAUAGUAACUUCUUUUACCAAUUUUUCAUAUCUUGCUUAUUUCCUGAAAUAUUUUCACUUAAAGUAACGAGAUGUCCGCCAUCUUGGAUAAAUUUUUGAUCUCACUAGUUUUGGUGACACCACAACAGGGAUUAACCAUAUAAAAGUAUAGUAGUAUAGUAGUAUUUCGUUGCUGACCAAAUAUUGAUUGGUAGAUGUUUUAAAGGUUUUGAGUCAUCUUGAUAUUUCAAAGGGCAGACAGAGUACCGUAAACCUCCGACUAUAAGCCCAGGGCUUAUAUUCUUUCGUAAACGAUUUUUGAUGGGCUUAUACAAGGGUGGGCUUAUAUACGGGGGGGGCUUAUACAUGGACGAUCUUUUGUGAUAGUGUAAUAGUGAUAAACAAGUGUUAAGCAUAGUAAUAAUAGUGAUUAAUAGUGGUAAUAGUGAUAAACAAUAGUGAUAAACAAGUGGGCUUAUAUUCGGGUGGGGGGCUUAUAUUUGGGGGAGGGGGCUUAUAUUUGGAAUGAGGUGAGCGUUAGUACAUGUGGUGGGCUUAUACACGGGGGGGGGGGCUUAUAUUCGGAGGUUUACGGUAUAGUUUGAGUGCAAAAUGAUUAGUGGUUGUCUAGAUAAAAAUAUUGCGUGACCCCUGUUGUGACGUGACAUGCAUAUCUACAAAAAUUGAAGAUGACAGACAUUUCAUCCCUUUCGAUCAAAAUAUUUGUAGUACGCAAGAUACGAAAAAACGGUAAAAGAGUAUUUUAUAUAGUUUUAAACGUUCUUUCAAAUGAAAAAAUAAAAAUAUAUAUUGCCAUUUCCCUUUAAUUCUAGGUUAGGGAAAAACAUCAAAGCUAUUUUCCCAACAUAUAGGGAAGAGUUUGAUGAUAUACGUUUCUGCAAAAAGAAGUCAAUAUGACGUCUUGGAGGGAGAGGAUUUGUAGGCAUGACAUCCCUAAUGUACUUUUCCUAUUGUACUUUAAAAACAACGCAGAAUUUGGAGUUAUGAAAAUUAUCUCGAAAAUCAUCCGCUAUUAAGACACCACGUCUUUGGUGGGUUGACAGAAACGUAUAUUUGAUCUUUUCCUUAUAAUAUAUAAUCAUAUAUAUAUAUAUAUAUAUCCACAUGCAAAUUUUGCCUUCAUCGGUAGAAGUUUUAUUCUCUAAAGUAUUGACAGAGAUAAACAGACAUACGGAAAUACACAAACCACUGAAACAGCAGGUUAAAUUACAACCCAGGUUUUGUGCUAAUCUAGCUUUGAACAACCGGCCUAUGGAGAAUAGAAACAUAUAAAAACACUAAUUGCUUUUAACGAAUAAUAUACAUAUAGCUAAAACAGAGGUUAGUUCACACUACAAACGUUUGCAUGGGGACCAUUGCUUUGAAUUAGGCCAAGUUAGUCGAACUUUUCAUGUACAAAACUUUAUGCAAAUGAACUAAAUGAGUUUGGGGCAUUUACAUCAGGUAUACGACACAUGACGGGGGACACUCGAAAGGCGGGUCUUUCGCCUCGCCUGCUUUUCAGGUGUUCCGCGGCGGCGGGCAGACCUGCUCAAAAAGUGGCUUGUACUGUCAUCACCUUUCCCGAAAAGUAUACUUUUGAUAGUGUGAAGAACCAUCUUUAACGAAGGGAGCAUUUUCCCAAAUCGUCCAUAGGGUUGAUAUUCAUAAUAUUUAUAACAUAUAUUUUUAGCUUUAGAAUAUUUAAAUUUUAUCAUAUGUAAUGAUAUAAAAAUUAAUAUACAAUAAUUAUAAACACCUGUGUGCUUGC